CACUUCCAUGAUCUGUCCUCUGAUCCCACGGCAGCCGCUGACGGACAGUCAGACAGGAAGUACUUUUGCUCAUGUGUUAGUAGAGUAAAGCUGAGCUGAUUCAGUUUGUUUAGAGCCAUGGAUUGGGAUUAUUAUGUGCCUUUACUAGAGCUGAAGUUGAUGAGUUCUCCCAGUCUGAGUGAUUUGGGUCGAUCAGAGAGAUCAGCGCUGGAUGAUAGGAACAACCAGCAGCACCGAGCUGGAGCCAACGCCACCUGGAACAGCAUCCAUAAUGCCGUGAUCGCCGUGUUCCAGCGCAAGGAUCUGGGAGAGAAUGAGCUCUAUGUGCUGAAUGAAGGCGUCAGGCAGCUCCUAAAGACUGAGUUGGGCUCCUUCUUCACAGAGUAUCUGCAGAAUCAGCUGCUGACGAAGGGAAUGGUGAUUUUGAGAGAUAAGAUUCACUUUUAUGAAGGUCAGAAGCUGCUGGAUUCUCUGGCAGAAACGUGGGACUACUUCUUCUGUAAUGUUCUGUCUAUGCUGCAGGCCAUCUUCUACCCCGUCCAGGGGAAGGAGCCGUCUGUCCGUCAGCUGGCUCUGCUUCACUUCAGGAACAUCAUCACUCUCAACAUAAAGCUGGACGAUGCUCUGACUCGACCGCGCGCUCGUGUGCCGCCCUCCAUCAUUCAGAUGUUGCUCAUCCUGCAGGGGGUUCACGAGUCUAAAGGUGUGAGCAGUGAUUACCUGAAGCUGGAGUCUCUGGUGCAGAAGGUGGUGUGUCCGUAUCUGGGGACGCGUGGCCUGUUCUGCGGCGAUGGCUCGGUGGCACAGAGCUCGUGUGUUCUGGAGAAGCGUCUCCUGCGCCGAUGGCCGCGCUCCAGCGACUCGCACGCCAAGAACCUCGUGGUGCGCUCCAAGAGCUACAACAUCCCUGUGCUGACGCCGCUGGAGGAGCACGACCCCGAGAGCAGCGCUGCGGUCAGACGUCACUCCGUGUGUCAGAUGACGUCCUGCGCAGAAGAGCCAGACGUCUGUGAGGAUCCGUCUCCUCCCGUCUGCCCCGAGACCAUCGUGGACCAGAUCCUGGAGUCUCUGGACUCGGACACCGAGGGAAUCUUCAUCGACUUCCGCCGGCAGCGUUCCAGCUCUGACUUCAGCCGGGAGAGCCAGAGCGCAGUGUGACCUUUGACCUGGAGACGCAGGUGGCUGCAGAGUUU